AUGCUGAAGUUUGGAGGAGCGCUUUUGAGAGCGCGACUAACAGCUUUCAAUCCAUGGAAGCGUAGACCCGCCGGUUUGCAGCUUAAUGGACGACCUCAGAUGGUUAGCCCAAGCUACUUCCGUGGCAAGUACAGGCAGGAGAACCCUGAUGACCCAUGUCGGUUACUAAAGCCAAGUCACGUUCUCCUGAAACGGUGCCCCGCGUGCAAGCGGACGAUGUUUGUGCAUAUCAAGAAUAAAGACACAUUUCAUACAUGUUGUGAGGGAGUGCCGAUGAAGGUGUACUCGGAUAUGAAGACUGUCAUGAACAUCGAGCACAAAAUAAUCACCUUUACACGCCAGUGGGAUGUCGAAAACGAGCGUCCGUGGAGUAAUCCUCAUCGUCCACGACCGAAGGGGCGAUCAAAGUUGAAGAAGUAG